AUUGGAGGCGGGGCUGAUUUGAAAAGGACAAGACAACGAAUCCAAGGGCAGAGACUGCGCAGGAGAGAAACACAGAAAAGCUGAAGGAAAUGUCAAAAGUUACAAGAGAAGUUAGAAAAGCACAAAAGACUAUAUCACAAAUAUAAGAAACGUUGUCACCGUUUGCAGGGUAAAAAUCAAGACCUUGAAAGUCCAAGAACAAAGACAAAAAGUGCUCUACAAGACUGUCCUGCCACUUCAUCCAUUAAAAGAACUCUUAACUUCCACUAUGCUCUCUUGGGGGAUCUAAGAGCAAAAUACAAAGCAGACAAAGCCAAACAGGGGUUUGUAAAUAUACUGACAGGAAAGCUGAUCAAGAAAUACAGAUUCUAAAGGUGGUGCGAGCAGUCCAUUGGUUUUUCAUACAAAGCCUGGAAGCCACAAAACAGAGCUCGACAAACAAGCUUGGCCGAAAUAAAAAAGAGAGCUGUAAGACAGUUCUACUUAAGAGACGAUGUCAGCCGGCAAACCCCUGGCAAGAAAAACACUAUCACCCUCAGAAAAAUAAAGAAACAGAGGAGGCUCCUUUGUGAUUCCCGGAAAAACCUCCACAGGAAAUUUGUUGCUGAGCAUGGGCAAAACAUUUCAUAUGCCUUCUUCUGCAGGGAGAGACCCUUUUGGGUGGUGACCCCACAGGAGAGAGACCGAGAAACUUGCCAGUGCAAGACCCAUGAGAACUUACCGUUUAUGGUGGAUAAAAUGCACAAACUUGGUCUUUCACAGUCCAGCAAUCUGGAGGAGAUGGCAGAUAACACAGUUAUCGAGGCCAGUCACGGAAAGGGUGCUCCGGAUGGAGUGGGGGGUUCCUUGAAGAGGUCAGCCGACCUCUUGGUCCGUCACGGGAGAGACAUAACUGAUGCAAUGUCUUUCUAUCAGGAGUUGAGGAAUUCUGGCAGUCAAAUACAGUUAUAUUAUGUCAGCGAGGAAGAGGUGGAAAGAAAGGCACAGAUGAUGUCUGGGGUACCUUUGGUAACCAUAAAAGGAACCAUGCAAAUGCACCAGGUUAUAAAUAUCACACCUGGCAUCCUGAAAUAUAGAGACAUAAGUUGUGUCUGCCAAGCGGCGAAAGGCAUGUGGGAUUGUCCAUGUUAUGGACUCCAAGAAGUCACCCUCCCGACAGUGUUGGCUAAUGGCCGUGAUCUUUCACCUCCACAUCAACCAGGUGUCAUCGACCCGGAUACCUCAGCUCCACUUCGUCCAGAUGCCAUUGAGUCUCACCACAGUGGACAGUGGUGCAUCGUGAACUAUGACAAACAACCAUACCCUGGCGUUAUACUGGAGGUCGAAGAAUAUAAUGUGCAAGUAAAGUGCAUGCACAGGAAUGGAGUCAACAAGUUCUACUGGCCAAGCCCAAGAAAUGAUAUCAACUGGUAUGGAGAUGACCAAAUUGUUUGUCUGAUGCCAGAGCCGCUGCCAGUGAACAAAAGAUCAGUUCAGAUUGACCACAGUAUCUGGAAGUACUUAGAGGAGCACCUGGAUGUGUGAAAAUGGAAGAUGUGAACUGGCCACUAGUGAAGAAGCCAUCUAUGGUUAGAAAGCAAUGGCUCGAUAAUUAUAACAGUGGCACGCGACACAAUAACAUGGCAAAGACAAACAUAUCUCACGUACGAGUGAAGAACAGAUAGUACAGGAAAUAUUCCAUGAACAUGUUUAGCUGCAUACAAAAUGUUCGUAUCAGUGCUUUUGGGAAAUCAGUUUUAGUUUACAUUCAA